GUAAGAUGCGGGGGCGAUCCUUUCAGCCAAGCUAUAAAUCCAGCAGAACCACAAUCAUUCUCUGUCAUCAUCAUUGGCAACAAUAAGCACAGAAGUCAUGACAACCAUCGCAAAGACAAUCGUUGCUACCGGCGUUUCGUCUGGUCUGGGAUUUGAAGCCGUCAAGCAGCUCCUAGGUCAAGCCCAGCCCUACAAGGUCAUACUCGGCGCCAGAGACACGGAUCGGACCCAGUCUGCGUACAAUGAUCUAGGCUUUGACACUUCCAAGCACAGCUUGGCCAUCUUGCCUCUCGAGCUCGCCAAUCUGAAGACGGUGAGGUCGUUUGCUCAGCAGACACUGGACAGGCUCGGCCAGGAUAAACUCGACUACUUGUUUCUCAACGCAGCAAUCGCCAAAGGAGCAGAGGAGCCAGGACCGCAUGGCUCGAAAUGGUGCGAGGCCCACGUCGUCAACCACCUGUCUCAGCAUUAUCUAGUCCACUUGCUGCGAGAGAAGUUAAUCUCGUCUCAAUCGCGCAUCGUUGUCGUCUCUUCUGGAGCGAUUCGUCUCGUGACAGAUCCCAGCGAGCUUGACGCGGACCUCAAAGGCGCCUCGGGAGCGGACGGGCGCAAGGUCUACAGCGAGACCAAGUUCACCCAGCUUCUGGGGGCGCUCUGGUGGAGCCGCCGGCUCGCGGGGUCGUGCAAGGUCGUGGCCGUGUCGCCCGGUCUCGUCCCCGGCACGGCUCUCGGGAGGCAUUCGGGGAUGAAACUCACCAUGGACAUGCCCGAUGCCAAACCAAUUAGCGAGGGUGCCUUGAGCCUUCUCCGUGCUUUCACGCGAGAUGACUUCCCUGCUGACCCGGAGGAGAUCUUCCUGACUAGCUGGGGCGAGUGGUGGGGGAAAGACGUGUUUGCAAAGGCACUCGACAAGGAAUUGCAGGAUAGGUGGUGCCCGAGCAAGGAGGAUAUCGAGAAGGAGGAAGGAUUGGCGGCAUAGGUUUACGCGGUCAGCACGAAAGGAGCAGCUAACCUAUGAUACACAAGACACCUGUGUUUGAUAUGAUAUUGAA